CAGGUGUGGAAUGACACCGUUGCCAAUCUAACACUCCUCGCCUUCGGUACCAGCGCUCCGGAAAUCUUGCUCAACGUGAUAGAAACAUGCGGUCACACGUUCGAGGCAGGGGAGCUGGGGCCUGGGACCAUUGUUGGAUCUGCGGCCUUCAACCUCUUCGUCAUCACGGCCAUCUGCAUAGUGUGCAUUCCCAACGGUGAGACGAGGUAGGCUCAUAGUCUUAGCGUUAGACUUCGUCUGUGAUGGAGAGAAAUAAUUUUAAUCAUAUAGGGGCCGUCCACAAAGUACGCCACGCUCCGGGAAGGGGGCCGUCCACAAAGUACGCCACGCUCCGGGAAGGGGGCCCACCACAAAGUACGCCACGCUCCGGGAAGGGGGUCGUCCACAAAGUAAGCCACGCUCCGGGAAGGGGAGCGUCCACAAAGUACGCCACGCUCCGGGAAGGGGGCCGUCCACAAAGUACGCCACGCUCCGGAAGGGGGCGGGGCAUUCUAAGGAAAUGUAAGGGGGGGGGGAGUUCUAGCUGUUGUAAAGUAUUGUAUACUGGCAGAAAUUAACGUCACUCUUUAUAAAUGUAAUAGUUUAAUAGUGAAGUAUGCUUUAAAAACAAUUUUAAUUCGUUAAAAAUUUGUUAUAGCAUAUUUUAGUUGCAAAGUGAGACGUACUUUAAGGAAUGUGUGUGUGUGUGGGGGGGGGGGGUUAAGAUUUAUGACUGGUUGUGAAACAUUCGUCCGAAAAUAGCGUGACGUACGAUAUGGAAGGCCCCAAUGUUGCUUUCAAGUCGUUAAUGACAGUCACAUUAAGUCAAUCCGUCCAAAUAAUUUUAAUUCAAUCAUUAGCCAUCACCAUCACAUUUUAAAUAAAGUUCUUUGUUAAAUUAUUCAAAAUGCUUUAAAAUUUCCUUUCAUUAAUGUUUACUUUCAAAAUUUUGAAAUUUGAACCCGAGGAGCAAAAGUAUCGGAGAAGAAACAUGACGUUAGUUUUCUUAAAUAUUAUUAUUAUUAUUUUUUUUUUUCAUUUCAGGCAAUUGAAGAAUCUCACAGUGUUUGCUGUCACAAGUAUUUUUGGUAUAUUCGCCUACAUCUGGCUCAUACUUGUGCUUCUUGUCAUCUCUCCGAAAGUCGUUGAAUUAUGGGAAGCCAUUCUCACGUUUUUAAUGUUUCCUGUACUCAUUCUGAGCGCCUAUGUGGCUGAUCGAGGUCUUCGGUGCUCUCAAAAUAAAACCGCGUCUGAAGUGGAGAUCGGAUUAGGUAACUAUUUAUGAGUGUCACUGUUGAUGAAGCAAUCCUCGUUUGAAAAUAAAUUAUGACUAAUAACAUAGUAGCAGUUCGGAUACGUAUGAUUAUAAAUGGCUGCCUUAUUUCAAACAUGGGGAAUAAUUAUCGAUUCGGACAAACUCAUGACAUUUUUUAAAAAAAUACACCAAAUAAAAAACUAAAAUUUUUCAUUUUAUUUACAAUGCAUGCUUUGUUAGCUAGAUCUGUUUGAUAUGUAAUGCAUGCUUUGUUAGCUAGAUCUGUUUGAUAUGUAAUGCAUGCUUUGUUAGCUAGAUCUGUUUGAUAUGUAAUGCAUGCUUUGUUAGCUAGAUCUGUUUGAUAUGUAAUGCAUGCUUUGUUAGCUAGAUCUGUUUGAUAUGUAAUGCAUGCUUUGUUAGCUAGAUCUGUUUGAUAUGUAAUACAUGCUUUGUUAGCUAGAUCUGUUUGAUAUGUAAUGCAUGCUUUGUUAGCUAGAUCUGUUUGAUAUGUAAUGCAUGCUUUGUUAGCUAGAUCUGUUUGAUAUGUAAUGCAUGCUUUGUUAGCUAGAUCUGUUUGAUACGUAAUGCAUGCUUUGCUAGCUAGAUCUGUUUGAUAUGUAAUGCAUGCUUUGGUAGCUAGAUCUGUUUGAUAUGUAAUGCAUGCUUUGUAAGCUAGAUCUGUUUGAUAUGUAAUGCAUGCUUUGUUAGCUAGAUCUGUGUUUUAUGUAAUGCAUGCUUUGUUAGCUAGAUCUGUGUUUUAUGUAAUGCAUGCUAUUUAGCUAGGCCUGUGAUAUGUAAUACAUGCUUUUUAGCUAGAUCUGCGCGAUAUGUAAUGCAUGCUUUUUAGCUAGAUCUGUGUGAUAUGCAAUGCAUUAUCUGUUAGCUAGGCCUGUGUGAUAUGUAAUGCAGACUUUGUUAGCUAGGCCUAUGUGAUAUGUAAUGAAUGCUUUGUUAACAAGGUGGAAGUGAUAUGUAAUGCAUGUUUUAGCUAGACCUGUGUGAUAUGCAAUGCAUGCACUGUCAGCCUGGUCUAUGUGAUAUUAAAUUCAUGCUUUGUUAGCUACGCAUGUGUGAUAUGCAAUGCAUGCUUUGUUAGCUAGGCCUAUGUGAUAUAUAAUACAAGUUUUUAGUUAUAUAUGUGUGAUAUGAAAUGCAUGCUUUUUUAGCAUAUUGUUUUAUAAUUAGCUUCAAAGAUAUAGGCCUAUUUUAUAUGGAAUGCAUGAUUUGUUACCUAGAUCUGCGGGAAAUGUAAUGCAUGCUUUGCUAGCUAGAUCUUUGUUAUAUGUGUUGCAUACUUUGUUAACUAGGCCUGUUUGUUAUGUAAUGCAUGCUUUGUUAGUUAGACCCAUGUGAUAUUUAGUACAUUUUUUGUUAAUUAGGCCUAUGUGAUAUGUAAUGCAUGCCUUAUUAGCAAUGGCAUGUAAUGCAUACUUUGUCCGCCUGGCCUAUUUGAUAUGUAAUGCAUGAUUUGUAAGCAAGGCCUACUUGAUAUGUAAUGCAUGCUUUGUUAUCUCGAUGAAUGUGAUAUAUAAUUCAUGCUUUGCUAGCUAGGCCUUUUGCAUGCUUUUUAACUAGAUAUGUGUGAAAUGUAAUGCAUGCUUUGUUAGGUAGGCUUGUGUGAUAUGUAAUGCAUGCUUGGGUAACUAGAUCUGUGUGAUAUAAAAUGCAUGCUUUGUUAGCUAGGCUUGUGUGAUAUGUAAUUAUAUAUAUAUAUAUAUAUAUAUAAUAGGUAUAUAUUCUAAAUAUAUUUUUUAUUUAACGUGUUUCGUUUUCCUUCAUGUACUCUAUUGAAGUUUGUUAGAAAUUAUUAACAAAAAAUUAUCAAUAUCCUCUUUAUUUUAACUUUAAAAUGUAUUUAAUAUGUUUUACAUUUAUUAAUAUUUAUAUUUUUUUUUAAAUCAAGAGUUGGGCAAAACAAAGAAUUGUGACGAAGGAACUGCUGACAUCAUUGAGGUUGCAAGGGUAAGCUACUAGACCACAAGUCUUACAAAACAAAUAUCAUGAUAACAGCUAUUUACAAAUGAAAAAAAAACAUGACCUGAGAAUAAAAAAGCUAGAAAUGAAUUCAUCUCAAAUAAUGAUCAAGCCACCGUCAUGCUACCCAGACGUACUGCAGUCCACUACCUAGGCUGGCUAGGAAGCAGGCACUGACUAGGCUAGUUAGGAAGUAGACACUGACUAGGCUAGCUAGGAAUUAGACACUGACCAGGCUAUCUAGGACGUAGACACCGAAUAGGCUGGCUAGGAAGUAAACACAGACCAGGCUAACUAGGAAGUAGAUCUACAUUGACCAGGCUAACUUGGAAUUAGACACUUAAUAGGCUAACUAGGAAGUAGACACUGAAUAGGCUAACUAGGAAGUAGACACCGAACAGGCUAACUAGGAAGUAAUCACUGACCAGGCUAACUAGGAAGUAGACACUGAUCAGGCUAACUAGGAAGUAGACACCGAACAGGCUAACUAGGAAGUAAACACUGACCAGGCUAACUAGGAAGUAAACACUGACCAGGCUAACUAGGAAGUAAACACUGAUCAGGCUAACUAGGAAGUAGGCACCGAACAGGCUAACUAGGAAGUAAACACUGACCAGGCUAACUAGGAAUUAGACACCGAAUAGGCUAGCUAGGAAGUAGACACAGACCAGGUUAACUAGGAAUUAGACACUGAAUAGGCUAGCUAGGAAGUAGACACCGACUAGGCUAGCGAGGAAGUAGACACUGACUGGGCUAGCUAGGAAGUAAAAUCAGAUAUAUUGUUUAUAGAGGCCACAAGUACAUGUUAAAAUUGUCAUACCAGUAAAUAUUUUUGCCAUGCGUUAUUUUUCAUUUGUAAGUAAAUUCUCAUUUAAUGAUUGAAAAGAAAUGUUAUAACGUUAACUAUGUACUAUUGCACAGUUCAUUGUAAUGUUAUCUAAACAACUAAGAAUAAUUCCAAAUAAUAUCUUGCAAUAAAUAAUUCUUUUGUUUUUUCUAUUGGAAGCAUAUGAGUUAACUGAAGCCUUAUACAUUUACCAUUUUUCUCCCUGAGUUAUAAUUAAAUUACCAGCUAUUAAAACACACAUUUAACCUAAUCAGUAACACGAAAUUUGAGGGAACUAUACUAUUUGAUUUAAUUUCAAUAUGCUUUUAAUUUGUCUGGGCAUAUUGAAUUACUGCAAUAGUUUAUACAUUUUCUCCAUAGCUAAAUUUGGCUACUACAAAUAUUAUUUCUUAAAAUUCUAACCUAACUCCACCACCAACUUUGGGCUGUUGUAGAAGCUGGCCAGAGACCCCGCUAUGAGCGAGGAUGAGGUGGCUCAAGCCAUGGCAUCUGAAAUUGCCAAGGGCAGACCAAAGCCGUCCGGUUGGUACCGGGUCAACGCAACCAGAAUGUUGACUGGUGGACACAAAAUGACACCAUCUACAAAGAAAGGGUUUGAUGACGUAAAUAACCUCUUUAAUGAAAGGACCACUUAGCCUCAAAGACAUAUUGUUUUAUAAUUAGCUUCAAAGACAUAUUGUUUUAUUUAUAGUUUAUGUUUUUUAAACUUUAACGAUGACCUUUGACAUUUCAUUGGUUUUGAUGACGUAUAAAUUUCGUACAAAUGUUCAUUUAUGAUUUUUAAGAGAAUUUUUGGGUAAUUUUCAUUUUGGGCACGCCAGUUCAGUAAAGUAAUAUUAAAGAAACUGAAAAAACAAGCACAACUAUUGUAAUUGAAUGCAGGAUGAUUUAUUAAUUUAAAAUUAUUUUUUUGGGGUGGGGGCGGGGAGGGGGGGGGUUUGCGUCAUCUGUGCCAAAAGGUUCAAAAUGAUUCUUUUUUUUCCACCGGAAAAUCUUGACAACUUAUGGUGUAAGCAUGAGCCUAGAUCUUGUUCACUCAGAAGUUAAACGUUUUAAGUUCCUUAUCUCCCUCGGUAGCACAACACCCAAGUUAGCACAACACGCAAGUUAGCACAACACCCACGUUAGCACAACAUCCAAGUUAGCACAACACGCAAGUUAGCACAACACCCAAGUUAGCACAACACCCAAGUUAGCACAACACCCAAGUUAGCACAACACCCAAGUUAGCACACCACGCAAGUUAGCACAACACCCAAGUUAGCACAACACCCAAGUUAGCACAACACGCAAGUUAGCACAACACCCAAGUUAGCACAACACCCAAGUUAGCACAACACCCAAGUUAGCACAACACGCAAGUUAGCACAACACCCAAGUUAGCACAACAUCCAAGUUAGCACAACACCCAAGUUAGCACAACAUCCAAGUUAGCACAACACCUAAGUUAGCACAACACCCUAGUUAGCACAACACCCAAGUUAACACAACACCCAAGUUAGCACAACACCCAAGUUAGCACAACACGCAAGUUAGCACAACACCCAAGUUAGCACAACACCCAAGUUAGCACAACACCCAAGUUAGCACAACACCCAAGUUAGCACAACACCCAAGUUAGCACAACACCCAAGUUAGCACAACACCCAAGUUAGCACAACACCCAAGUUAGCACAACACCCAAGUUAGCACAACACCCAAGUUAGCACAACACCCAAGUUAGCACAACACCCAAGUUAGCACAACACCCAAGUUAGCACAACACGCAAGUCAGCACAACACGCAAGUCAGCACAACACCCAAGUUAGCACAACACCCAAGUUAACACAACACCCAAGUUAGCACAACACGCAAGUUAGCACAACACACAAGUUAGCACAACACCCAAGUUAGCACAACACCCAAGUUAGCACAACACGCAAGUUAGCACAACACCCAAGUUAGCACAACACCCAAGUUAGCACAACACCCAAGUUAGCACAACACCAAGUUAGCACAACACGCAAGUUAGCACAACACCCAAGUUAACACAACACCCAAGUUAGCACAACACCCAAGUUAGCACAACACCCAAGUUAGCACAACACCCCACGUUAGCACAACACCCAAGUUAGCACAACACCCAAGUUAGCACAACACGCAAGUUAGCACAACACCCAAGUUAUUACACGUCUAAGGUUGUGUGUAAAUCCAAUUUUCAGGGCUUAUUUCUUAAUUUGAUAAUCAGAACAUUCGAUCUUAAGAAAAUCCUAUGUUCUCAUCUCCAUUACGUAUUGGAAGGAUUCAUGUUUAUUGAAAGUUAUCCAAUUUUGAAGAUCAUUUCCUUGCUUGACCCACGUGUGACCGACUCCACAGUUAGUGGAGAGAGUUCAACUCGAAUCACCGGGCGUCUCCCAACACGGCGAUGGUGUGGCCAACGGCGCGGUGUCCUCUGCCAGAGACUCGGUGCUGCACUCCAAGAAAGCCGUGGUCGAGUUCACGGCGGCUACCUGCACCGUCCUCGAGAACGAGGGCUACGUCAGGAUUGGGGUCAAGAGGACCGGGGACCUGUCCAAGGAGAUUAAGAUUGGGUACGUCUGAACUGGGGGUGUACACUAGAAGACGUGUCAAACUAUAUCCGGCCGCUGUCUUUCGUUGGUCCAUUGUUCAUUCUUGGUAACGACAGUAUGCUGAGAAAAGUAUUACUUUUUUGGUGCGUGUUUUCUUAUAAUUAUAAUUUAUUAUUUCAAACCAAUAAAAUUAGUGUUUAUUAAUUUCAAAAAUUUAAAAUAUAAUUUUGAGUUAUUAUUGAAGUAGUCUAAAAAAUCAAUAUUCAAAAAGUCAGUUUGGACAAGGACUCGUCUCUCUUUGAAAAGAAAAGUAAUAAUAAUCCAUUUAAAUGGCUACUUUGUUCAUCAAUGUCCACUGACACAAACACACACACAAAGUGGCAAAAAUUCUUAACAAUAUAAUUUUAUUUCUUAUGCUUUGCAGUAUUGUAACUUAACAAAGCUUAUAAAAUUUAAUGAAAUCUCUUAGGAUGAAAUUAAAUUUGCUAAAAAAUUUUAAAAAUAAAAACAAUAAAAAUUCAUUAAAGUGUUAUAAUAAAUGGAAACUGAUUUCCCACGAAACACAUCCAACGAAUCAAGAAAACAAAAUCUAAUGAAAGUCAAUAAAUAUGAAGAUUAUGUUUGACAGCUUGCUUCAAUGAGGAUAUGUGUUUUUGUGAGACAAGGUUCUCACCUUUAAGAUUAAGAUAAGACAGAAUGAGGUCAAAUAAGAUAGACAGAAUGAGGUAAAAUAAGAUAAGACAGAAUGAGGUAAAAUAAGAUAAGACAGAAUGAGGUAAAAUAAGAUAAGACAGAAUGAGGUAAAAUAAGAUAAGACAGAAUGAGGUAAAAUAAGAUAAGACAGAAUGAGGUAAAAUAAGAUAAGACAGAAUGAGGUAAAAUAAGAUAAGACAGAAUGAGGUAAAAUAAGAUAAGACAGAAUGAGGUCAAAUAAGAUAAGACAGAAUGAGGUAAAAUAAGAUAAGACAGAAUGAGGUAAAAUAAGAUAAGACAGAAUGAGGUAAAAUAAGAUAAGACUGAAUGAGGUGUAUACAUUUCAAAGUACGGCUUGUUCUUGUGGUUUACCAAUAGUAUUGACAAUAUAUGACGCACACAAGUUAGAAACUCAUAAUAUUUUAAUCUCUGCCCCUCCGCCCCUAAUCCAGUUUUACUUGCCAGCAAUCAAAUUUGAAAACUGUAACUUUGAGUGUAUUGAAAUAAAACAAUGUUUAUUGUGGGUAUAUCUUGGGUUUGGAAUGGCUCCGGACAUUUCUAUCUCCGUCCUAUCUGAAAGAGCUGCUGACGCCUUAUGUACCCAGUAGAGAGCUCCGCUCAUCCGAUAGUGGCAAACUCUCGACACCACGUGUUUGCCUUGAGACUUACGGAAAGCGCACUUUCGCAUUUGCUGGUCCAACAAUUUGGAACGCCCUUCCUGUCGAUCUUAGAAACAACCAGACACUGGAGUCCUUUAAAACCGAUCUAAAGACACAUCUAUUUCGCAAAUACCUUCUGGGAUGAUUGUCUACCUUAUUUUCCAUGUGUUGCUGUGUUGCUCCGGGUUGAAAUGGCUAGAAAGACUUUGAUAUUGUAUGCUUGUAAUUAGUUUUUGUAGUGUUGUGUUUGUUUUAAAUGUGGUGAAUUAUAGAUAUGUUUUUGUUGACUUUGUACCGCGCUUCGAGCCUUUGGGGAUGAAGCGUGUUUUUUUUAAAAUGAACUUUAUUAUUAUUAUUAUUAUUUCCUAUUUUAUUAGACCAUGAUGUAAAACUGUACUAUCCCACUACUAUUAUGAUAUUAUUUUAUGGCCCCAAUGAGCGAAUUAUAGCGGCGUUCCACUGUAAUAUGAUUUUGGUUGACAUAAAUCUAUGACCAUACAGGAUUGAGACGAUCGAUGGGACAGCAGAGGCCACUGUGGACUACAAGCCCGUCAAACAGAUUAUCACCUUUGGACCAGAGGAGACCACCAAAGAGAUUUUCAUCGACAUCGUUGAUGACGACGUCUGGGAGCCGGACGAGUUCUUCUAUGUCCGACUGUUUCACCACACUUUGGGCAGCACGGAGGAUGACGUGACCAUCGGGAAGCUGGGCAUCAACCAGGUCACGAUAGUUAACGAUGACGGUUGGUAUGUUUUGUCUGUUGGGAAAGAAUUCAUCAAUAAAUGGCAAUAAAAACUGUUUGGGAAGUUGUGCUUCCAAAUCAUUAGUGUGAGGAAAGGGGCGGGGCUUUCACCUGCUGUGCUCUUUGGGGAAAUGAAAGUGGGCGGGACACGUCUGGGAUGAUGAGGGUGUUAUUUGGGGAAGAGCGGUACUAUAGCGGUACUAUAGCGGUACUAUAGCGGUACUAUAGCGGACUAUAGCGGUACUAUAACGGUACUAUAGCGGUACUAUAGCGGUACUAUAGGGGUACUAUAGCGGUACUAUAGGGGUACUAUAGCGGACUAUAGCGGUACUAUAGCGGUACUAUAGCGGUACUAUAGCGGUACUAUAGGGGUACUAUAGCGGUACUAUAGUGGUACUAUAGCGGUACUAUAGGGGUGCUAUAGCGGACUAUAGCGGUACUAUAGCGGUACUAUAGCGGUACUAUAGGGGUACUAUAGUGGUACUAUAGCGGUACUAUAGGGGUGCUAUAGCGGACUAUAGCGGUACUAUAGCGGUACUAUAGCGGUACUAUAGGGGUACUAUAGCGGUACUAUAGUGGUACUAUAGCGGUACUAUAGGGGUACUAUAGCGGACUAUAGCGGUACUAUAGCGGUACUAUAGCGGUACUAUAGGGGUACUAUAGUGGUACUAUAGCGGUACUAUAGGGGUGCUCUAUGGGUACUAUAGCGGUACUAUAGUGGUACUAUAGCGGGUGCUAUAUGGGUACUAUAGCGGUACUAUAGGGGUACUAUAGGGGUACUAUAGAGGUACUAUAGCGGUACUAUAGUGGUUCUAUAGCUUCAUUUCAAUGAUUCAAAGGAAUUCAUAGACCGACGGCUCGAAAAUUUUGGAAGGUUACAUUGGAAACAAUGUCAAAUCAUCAGAUUGUCUUUAAAUUGAGCGUCAGACAUGCGAAGAGAUCCCAUGAUUAUGACUGAUUAGAACAAAUAGCAAUUGGUAACGUUUGUUUUUAUAUGUUAAAAUAUUAUUUUUUAGAGGAAAAUUAAAGCAAUUCAAGUUUUAAAGUUAAGCUAAUUUUUCACGUCUCUUAGCGUAACCGUUAUCAAUUAGAUGAAUUGUUUAAGGCAGCGUUUCCUACGGUGAGCCCACGCCCCAUAGGGAGCAAUUUCAUUGCUUCGAGAGGGGGGUAAUGAAAAUGAGCUCUAGAGCUAUUUAUAGCACUUGUCUGCACUAGUAUAGGGUAUAGCUUGCUUUCACUUAACACAUAGUUAUUUUUAGCCAUCACAACUGUCUUCUAGUGGAAUGAACUUGAAAUCAACAUCACCACGUAAUUGAUACCCUCCCUUAUCCUGGCUGGUGACAACAGUUUGUUUACGUUCAGUUUGUUCUCCAGAAUGCCAAGGGGUGUUUCUGUACUAAAACGUUCGGAUUCAUUCUUAGAUAAAGCCGCCAGAUUCUCUAGUAGUUUGAGUAUUGUUCCUUUAUUUUCCAAUUGCUGUAAGUUGAUACACUUGUUGAUUUUGUACUCACAUUUGCCUUUUGCUAGAUCAGUCUUUUCAUUCUAUUUUGUAAAGAACACAAUGAAGACUGUCAGAAUAUAACUUCACACUAAAGUAAGGUGGCUCUUGAAAGAAAACUGCGUUAAAAGAUUGAUAGAUCUAUUUGAUACUCUUUGUGACAUUUUUAGUGAGAAGCCUGAAAUGAAGUAUCUGUUAAUAGUUGACGGUAAAACAUUUAAAGAUUUUUAGCCGAUAUAUUUUAAAAAUUGAAUAGAUUAAAUAAACAACUUCAAGGAGCAAAUAAAACUCGUGUCGAUACAAAAGCGAAUAUCAUUGGUUUCAUUAACGCCAUUGCAUUAUGUCAGAAAUAUGUUUGUAAGUGAUUUGUUGAGGAGACUUGAGAAAGAAACGAUAUCAACUGAAGACUGAUAUAAAAUACAAAGACAAGCACUCGUUUCUCAUUCAAUUAGUCAUCUCACACUGUUUAUGUCAUCUCACACUGUUUAUGUCAUCACACACUGUUUAUGUCAUCUCACACUGUUUAUGUCAUCUCACACUGUUUAUGUCAUCUCACACUGCUUAUGUCAUCUCACACUGUUUAUGUCAUCUCACACUGUUUAUGUCAUCUCACACUGUUUAUGUCGUCUCACACUGUUUAUGUCAUCUCACACUGUUUAUGUUAUCUCACACUGUUUAUGUCAUCUCACACUGUUUAUGUUAUCUCACACUGUUUAUGUCAUCUCACACUGUUUAUUUCAUCUCACACUGUUUAUUUCAUCUCACACUGUUUAUGUCAUCUCACACUGUUUAUGUCAUCUCACACUGUUUAUGUCAUCUCACACUGUUAUGUCAUCUCACACUGUUUAUUUCAUCUCACACUGUUUAUGUCAUCUCACACUGUUUAUGUCAUCUCACACUGUUUAUUUCAUCUCACACUGUUUAUGUUAUCUCACACUGUUUAUGUCAUCUCACACUGUUUAUGUCAUCUCACACUGUUUAUGUCAUCUCACACUGUUUAUGUCAUCUCACACUGUUUAUGUCAUCUCACACUGUUUAUGUCAUCUCACACUGUUUAUGUCAUCUCACACUGUUUAUGUCAUCUCACACUGUUUAUGUCAUCUCACACUGUUUAUGUCAUCUCACACUGUUUAUGUCAUCUCACACUGUUUAUGUUAUCUCACACUGUUUAUAUAAUAUCAUAUUGUUUAUUUGAUCUCACACUAUUUAUGUUAUCUCACACUGUUUAUGUCAUCUCACACUGUUUAUGUUAUCUCACACUGUUUAUGUCAUCUCACACUGUUUAUGUCAUCUCACACUGUUUAUGUCAUCUCACACUGUUUAUGUUAUCUCACACUGUUUAUGUCAUCUCACACUGUUUAUAUAAUAUCAUAUUGUUUAUUUGAUCUCACACUGUUUAUGUCAUCUCACACUGUUUAUGUCAUCUCACACUGUUUAUGUUAUCUCACACUGUUUAUUUCAUCUCACACUGUUUAUGUCAUCUCACACUGUUUAUGUCAUCUCACACUGUUUAUGUUAUCUCACACUGUUUAUGUCAUCUCACACUUUUUAUGUCAUAUCAUAUUGUUUAUUUUAUCUCACACUGUUUAUGUGGUCUCACAUUGUUUAUGUCUUCUCAUAUUGUUAAUGUGAUCUCACACUGGUUAUGUGAUCUCACACUUUUUAUGUGAUCUCACACGAGUUAUGUGAUCUUAAAGUCUUUAUGUGAUAUCCCACUGUUUAUGUAAUCUCACACUGUUUUGGGUUCUCUCGUUGUAUUUUAAAAUUAUUAAAUAAUGAAUUAUAAAUGAAAUAUAAAUAAUUAAAAUAUUUUAGAAAAAACCUUUAAUUUUCUUCUUGAAUUUCAGUUCUCCUUUACAUGUUUGAAAUUUUACUUGCUGUGUUUCAUUAAAAAUAUCUUCUUCCUAAAACCUAUUAUUUAGUUUUCAUUCAGUGAAAAAUUAACUUUUAAGUACACUUAAAUAAUGUAUAUAUAAAAACAAAGGGGUGAGGUUAAGAAUCUUAGAAAUGAUCAGAUGGGGCAUGGCACAAAAAAGGUUGGGAAACACUGGUUUAAUGCAUGCCCUUAACUAUUUUUCACUUAAACUCUGUUAUGUGAUAGAACCAGGCAAGCUGGAGUUCAACAAGCCGAGCUACGUCAUCAAAGAGAGCAGUAACGCCGCCAGCCUGGAGAUCAACAGAGUCCAUGGGGCGGACGGAGAGGUCGCUGUCACGUGGAAGACACACGACAUGACGGCACGCACACAGAUCGAGUAUGCUGGGGGAGAAGGGAAGGUUGUCUUUAAACACGGGGAGACAAGCAAAAUCAUCAGCAUAGAAAUAUUCGGCAUAAAGGUGAACAAUUAUGUACACACAUAUCAUUGGUUUUAUUAUUAAAUCCUUUAUAUGAACUUCGCUUUUGUUUGUGGCUGUCUGACUGGCUGGGUGGCAAAAUCAUUGGACGGCUAGGUGGCCAACUUCUCGUGAAGCUAUCGACCGGAAACGUGGCACAUAGACUCACUACCGAUGACAACACAUUCUAUACAAUUUUCACUCCAAUCCCCACCCCCCAAAAAUCCGUGUUUCCUGUUUUUUCAAGUGAAAAUAAAAUUCCCGAUAACUGCGCUAAAUAAGAUUCUUUUAAAGAAUUGCUAGAGCGUUUGGUGCGUAAUAUUUUCUUUUGUUUUCCUUUAAGAGUUCUUGAAAUUAUUGGGGCACUAAUUGGGAUACUUAUAAAGUGCGUUACUUAAAUGCAUUUUUUGGUCAAAUUUGUAGCCCCACUCUGAAUUGCUCGACAUUACAUUUUAUAAAGGAUUUAGGAGCGCACACACUAGGUCCGGAUUUCACCGAAUUCCAAGACUGGUGACGAGACCGGUCGUUCGGUAGAACAGUACGUCGAACAUUGUAGACAUUGAGAAUACAUUGCAACUGAUCGCAUCCGAAUUUUUAUUGUUUAUCCUAACUAGGGCCUUGAUUUAGCUGUCUUGCCGAUAGCGCAAACUAAUCUAAAAAUAAACAUAAAUUUUUAAUCAGCUUAUUGUAUUUUACAUUUAAAAAUAAAAUAAAAGCUGGAAUGGAUGAACAUGUCUUAUUUGAUAGAGGGUUCAUUAUUAAAAUUAUUAUUGUCAGAGAAUCAGAGAAGUAAGUGGGUAAACCCAAUUUUUGCAGAGGGAGAGAGGCGGGUGUGGACAAUUGUAUACGUUGUUUCCAAGGCUGCUGGAGCCACCAUCAAAGUUUUCUUUAUUAUUUCAGAGUGAACCAUUAAACUGUUGACUACAGUACAUAUUACGGGAUUAGCAUUAAGCUUUCUUGCCUUUUCCUAUCGGAUAGUCGCCCUGCACAAUAUCCAUUAUUAUUAAUGAGACCUGUGAGGCUAUUUGGUAGUGCUUUGUUGAGAAGUAUAUGCCUUUCCAAUCAUAGAAUUCAUGGCAAGGCUGCUAAGGACUACGAAAGGAUAUGAAACUUUCCAAAUUGUGUUGGUAGUAUUGUAAGGAAAUCUGGUUUUAUCUCCACUCGUUUCUCAAUCUACUUUCUGAGGAUGGUAACCUCUUUCACUCUGUCUUUCUGUUGACACACAUUGACUGUUAGACAUCACUUUAUUGGUUCUGAUCGACAAUCAAGACUUUGCUAUUCUGCUCUGACUGUUUCGGAUUAGUGUCUCCUCAUGUCUAUCCUGACCACUAGACUGUCCGGCCCGCCCUCAGUCUAAUUAACUCUCUCCGGCUUCGCUCACUUGGCGGACUUCGCUCGGCUUGUCUCUGCUUCACUCUCCUUAGCUCAUCGUUCUCCCCUCCUCAAAUCUAACCGUCCCCUCUUAUAGGUCCACCAGCCAACCGAGGCGUCUCUAGAGAUUACUUCCCCGUACUAUUCUAAAGUCUAAUUAUCUUAGUGACACCGCCACGCUGCCUUGGUGGUCAGUCUGGGUACCGUUCGUUUUCCCUCUCACACCUGCCUGAUUACCUCCCCUAACUUCUUAAGUUUUGAUUUAUACUAAUUUCCUGUCAAACGCGUGCUUUCUGGGUCUGUGGCUUCUACUGCAUUCCUCGUCUUAAUUUAUUUGGUCAGUCUUCGACUGUGGGUUUACCCCGCACCGUUGACAUCCCUUGUAUUCCACGCCUUAAUUUAUCUGCUACGCACUGAGACUGACUGAACUCUCUACAGUAUUGUCGGCAACCAUGUCCGCUUCAAAUGUUAUUGCAUUUGUUUUUUUAUACCGACCCAGUCUCGUUCGUCAGUCUUGGAAUUCGGAGAAAUCCGGACCUAGUGUGUGCGCACCCUUAUACGAUUUUUUUGUAAGGGGGUCGUUCCAUUUAUUUAUUCUGUUAUUUUUACUAAAUCCUAUACCGUGUCAAAGACUGUUUGCUUCUAUAUUUUGUUUAAAUUGUUAAAGCAUACGUCUAAACGGAGUCCUAUCUAUGAUGUUAGAUGCAAUUUGGGACCAAUGUCUCAACGGAGCCAUUUCUAUGAUGUUAGAAUCAUUUUGGUACCAAUGUCUCAACGGAGCGAUGUCUGUGAUGUUAGAAGCAUUUUGGUACCAAUGUCUCAACGGAGCCAUGUCUAUGAUGUUAAAUGCAUUUUGGGACCAAUGUCUCAACGGAGCCAUAUCUAUGAUGUUAGAAGCAUUUUGGUACCAAUGUCUCAACGGAGCCAUAUCUAUGAUGUUAGAAGCAUUUUGGUACCAAUGUCUCAACGGAGCCAUGUCUAUGAUGUUAGAAGCAUUUUGGUACCAAUGUCUCAACGGAGCCAUGUCUAUGAUGUUAGAAGCAUUUUGGUACCAAUGUCUCAACGGAGCCAUAUCUAUGAUGUUAGAAGCAUUUUGGUACCAAUGUCUCAACGGAGCCAUGUCAAUGAUGUUAGAAGCAUUUUGGUACCAAUGUCUCAACGGAGCCAUGUCUAUGAUGUUAGAAGCAUUUUGGUACCAAUGUCUCAACGGAGCGAUGUCUAUGAUGUUAGAAGCAUUUGAAACCAGUAUGUGUGCGUAAAUGAGAGGAAAUAACAUAACAAUCAUAUUACAAAAUUAAAAGCUUUUGGGGUGAAGCAAAUAUUAUUCAAACUCUAACUCUUAGUUCCAUUGAGCGUGCACUCAAUCCCUUCUACGAUAAUAAUGCUCUUGUGUACACAUUGGAGAACUUUACGAUAAGAAGCCCUUGUUUCCGAUACAGAUUUAUGGAACUGCUCCGAGCUUCGGUUAGCUUUAGAAGCAUGCGUUUGUUAUAGCCGUCAUAUUUCGUUCAUGCAGUCUGGCAAAGAAUAAAUCCUUGCUCCUUAUCGUGGUUGAUUGAAGCGUCUCUAUGACAGUUGGAAAGGGGCGGGGGGGGGGGGGCGGGGUUGAUAAUUUUUUAGAUCACAGCAGGGGUCCAGGGAUGAUUGAAAGCAGCAAUCUAAAGCUUGUGAAUACAUUAGUCAGAUGGUGUGAUUACAUGGGUCAGAAAUUGUGAAUACAUGGGUCAGAGCUUGUGAAUACGUGGGUAAGAACUUGUGAUUACAUGGGUCAGAUCUUGUGAAUACAUGGGUCAGAUCUUGUGACUACAUGGGUCAGAUCUUGUGAUUACAUGGGUCAGAUCGUGUGAAUACAUGUGUCAGAUCGUGGGAAUACAUGUGUCAGAACUUGUGAAUACAUGGGUCAGAUCUUGUGAUUACAUGGGUCAGAUCUUGUGAAUACAUGGGUCAGAUCUUGUGACUACAUGGGUCAGAUCUUGUGAUUACAUGGGUCAGAUCGUGUGAAUACAUGUGUCAGAUCGUGGGAAUACAUGUGUCAGAACUUGUGAAUACAUGGGUCAGAACUUGUGAAUACAUGGGUCAGAUCUUGUGAUUACAUGGGUCAGAUCUUGUGAUUACAUGGGUUAGAUCUUGUGAUUACAUGGGUCAGACCGUGUGAAUACAUGGGUCAGAACUUGUGAAUACAUGGGUCAGAACUUGUGAUUACAUGGGUCAGAUCUUGUGAUUACAUGGGUCAGAUCUUGUGAUUACAUGGGUCAGAUCUUGUGAUUACAUGGGUCAGAUCGUGUGAAUACCUGGGUCAGAACUUGUGAAUACAUGUGUCGUUUAUUGAUUGAGUCUGACCGUUGCCACGGUCGAAUUGUACGAACUUCUCAUACACCGUACAAAAAUUUUUACAUAUCAACCAUAUCAGUGUACACAUCAACCAUAUCAGUGUACACAUCGACCAUAUAAUUGCAAACAUCGACCACAUGCUUGUAAAUAUCGACCACGUGAAUGUACAUAUCGACCACAUGAAUCUAUACAUCGACAAAAUAAGUGUACACACUGACCACAUGAAUGUACACAUCUAUCACAUGAGUGUACACAUCGACCACAUGACAUUGCAUGUAGCUUACAUAAGUCUGCACAUGGAUGACAUGAUUGUGCAAAUCGACUACAUGAUUGUACACAUCGACCACAUGAUUGUAUACAUCGACCACAUAAGUGUACGCAACGAACACAUGACCUGAAAACACCGAUCAAGUGAUAGUACACCCUAGCAUUUGUUCCUAGCAUACAUUAAUGACUUCCCAAGAAACUGACAUCACAGGCAAGACUGUUCGCAGAUGACACAGCAGUGUAUAGGACGAUCGCCAACAGAUAUGACCAGGACAAGCUACAACAGGAUCUCAAUCUGUUAGCUGAUUGGGAGAUGAGCUAGGACAUGGAAUUUCACCCUGCCAAGUGCCAGACACUAUCAGUCUCUAGAAGUUGUACGCCUCUACACCACCAAUACGAUCUGCACGGCCAUAUUCUUGAGCAAGUUUCCUCCGUAAAGUACUUGUGUGUUACCAUUCAAAGAGAGGUCUGCUGGGACGAGCAUAUUAAACAAUAUAUGUAACCAAGCAAACAAGACCCUGGGGUUCUUAAGGCGAAAUCUAAAGAUUGGCAACUCAUGUGUGAAAGAAAGAGCAUAUAAAGCCUUUGUCCGUCCGAUUUUAGAUUUUGCAUCUUCAGUCUAGGACCAUUUACCCAGAAGAGCAUUAACAGGAUGGAGGCGGUCCAGCGACGAGCAGCACGCUUUGUCCUAAAACGCUACAGUAAUACCUCUAGUGUUGGCAGCAUGCUGGAAACACUAGGCUGGUCACCAUUGGAGGAACGACGACGACGAUCCAGGCUCUCUAUGAUGUACAAGAUAAAUAAUGGGCUGGUUCACUGUUCCAGUAUUAAACAGAAACUUGUCCCUCUCCCCCAUAGAAUGCGAGGAGGCCAUGACAGACAAUUCAGGCUCAUACCAGCAAGAAGCCAGUAGAGAGAUCUGCUCAAUCCUGCCCAAGAACAAUCUUUCAAAAGGAACGGUUGAGGCGACAACACUAGACACAUUUGUGUCUAUUGCCUCAAGCCUUCAAACCCCUAGUGCAUGAUUCUUUCACAAAGUGGCACUGGAAAUCAGUGAAAUUUCCUCAUCAACACCAGGAACAGAAACAUUGCAAAUCCCAUCUACAUGCAUAGGAGCCAAAAUGAUCAAUAAAUUGAUCGUGGGUCCUUAAGAUUUAGAAGAAGAAGAACCCCAAAAUGGCAUGCAUCGACCUCAGAAUAGUACACACCGACCACAAGAGUGUACACAUCACCCACAUAAAUGCACACACCAACAAUAUGAUUGCAUAUAUCGAUCAAAUUGUUGUGCAAAUCGACCACAUGAGGUAUAAAUCGACUAUGGGUAAAAACAUCAACCAUAAGUGUACACAUCAACUAAAUGACUGUACACAUCGCCCAUAUCGACCACAUGAUUGUAUACAUUGACCACAUAAGUCCAAAGAUCGAUCACAUGAGUGACACAUCUACAAAAUGAGCGUACACAUCAAUGACAUGUGUUUACACAAAGACCUCAUACGUGUACAUAUCGACCACAAGAGUGCACAUAUCAACAACAUUAUUGUACACAUCGACCAUGUCAGUGUGCACAUAGACAUCAUAAGUGAACACAUCGACCAUGUCAGUGUGCACAUAGACAUCAUAAGUGAACACAUCGACCACACGAGUGCACAAAAAAAACAAAAUGACUGCACAUAUUGAUUGUAAAUGUGGACCAAAAGAGAAUAUAUAUCGACCACACAAGUGCAAACGUGGAACACAUACGUUUACACAUUGACAACAUGAGUCUACAUAUAGGCCACCUUAUUGCAGACAUCGACCACAUGGGUGUACACAUUAACCACAUUAAUGUACACAUAACAACAUAAGUCUACAUAUCGAUCACAUGAGUGCACACAUCAACAAUAAGAGUGCACACAUCAACCACAUGAGUGCAUACAUCGACUAAUUAGCUUGGUCUAUUAUGCAAGGAUGAAUUCAAUUAGUUGGGAUCCUAAUAAAAUGGUAACUUCAAUUGGCUGGGCUUGCUAUAAUGCUAAUUUUCAUUGGGUAGGUUUGUUAUGAAAGGGUAACUUCUAUUAGCUGGGCUUGUUGUGAAAGGGUAACUUCCAUUAGAUGGACUUGUUAUGAAAGGGUAACUUCCAUUAGCUGGUCUUGGUAUGAAAGGGUAACUUCCAUUAGCUGGUCUUGGUAUGAAAGGGUAACUUCCAUGAGCUGUGCUUGUUAUAAAAGGGUAACUUCCAUUAGCUGGACUUGUUAUGAAAGGGUUACUUCGUUAAACGUGUUAAAAACGGUCAUCAAGAUCUUCAACUCUUAACGAAAAAAAGAACACCAACCAAGACAUUAAAACUGAUGGAAACAGUGACUCUGGCCAGCUGACUCGGACAUAAAUGUGAUUGUAUCGCACGAGAAAGUUGGAAACGGAAAACUAUUGUGCGACCGACGUCGUUUGAUAUGGUGAGCAUUCAAAGUAAAGCAAAAGAAUAUGCACUUGUGGCAUAGGUGUAGCCAGUACAACAGAAUAUGCACAUGUGGCAUAAGUGUAGCCAGUACAACAGAAUAUGCACAUGUGGCAUAAGUGUAGCCAGUACAACAGAAUAUGCACAUGUGGCAUAAGUGUAGUCAGUACAACAGAAUAUGCACAUGUGGCAUAAGUGUAGCCAGUAAAACAGAAUUAUUAAUCAAAACCUAUGAGAAAAAGUUUGCUAUAAAUUCUUGUUAUUAUGUAUAUUUAGCAGGUUAAGGUGGGGCUGAUAAUUUGAUGAAAUGUGCAUACAAGUAACGCACUUGGAAAGAAUAACCUAUUAGUGCUUCCCUUCCACCCAGAAGCGUACAGUCGCAUAUUUUUUCACGCCCCUCAACUUUAUUAAUAUUCUAUUGUCCCACGCGAUUUUACACUGCAUAGUUAUGAGAUCAAAUAUUUCCGUAAAGCAAAUGAAAAUAUUAGGCACCAAGUGCACUUGCGACAGUUAAAAAAAUAUCAUUUAGCGCGUUUAUCGGGAAAUUUAUUUAUUGAACUCAGUGGCAUACAGUCGCCUUAAAACUUAGUUUUGGGGGUUGUGGUGAACAUUUGAUACAAUUUGUCAUCGGCAAGUAGUCUAUGUGCCAAGAUUCAUCUCGAUAGGUUGACGGAAAAUUGGUCUAUUAGCCUUACGAAUAUUUUGCCACAAACCAGAAAGUGCGAAGUUAAGAUAGAUGACCUAAAAAUCUCCACAUCCCUUAAACAAAUUCGAAAACUAGAUCUGAAGUAAGCGCUGGUGAGGAAAUAAUAUUUGAGGAAUUAUUCAAAAAUAAAGUAAUCAAUAAAAGUGUUAUGGUGUAUUACAAUAUGUCUGAAUAGUAUAAUAAACUCUAGAUCGAUCUGGUGUGUGUGUUUUUUGGGGGUUUAUUGGGGGGGGGGAGAUGCCUAUUCCUACCACUUAAGGAGUAGAUUUUAUAUAUUAACAACCAACACCCGUUGUAAAUUGCAAUUUAAAAUAUCACUGUGUGGAACUCGUUUGUGAACUUUGUUACUGUAGGUUAAAUUUACAAUUUAUCAUCCAACGUGUUUGUCCAAUCAUCAAAGCCUUUACAUUUCCUUACAAUUGUAACAGUGGCACACCACCAAUCAAGCCCCGCCCUACCCUCCAUUUUCUAGAAGCGAAUGCAACAUUUCAGUGUUCAUUUGUCCAAAAGAAAUCCCAUACAGUGGCAGUAUUUUUUGACCUCAAACAAGCCUAUGACCGAGUUUGGAGGUCAGGUCUAUUGUUGAAGUUGCAGAAGUUGGGAGUAACCGCGAACAUGUACAGAUGGAUCUCCGGUUUCCUCACAAACCGGACGAUAAACACGAAAUUCGGCGGUGAAACCUCCGGGAAGAGGACACUUGAGGAAGGACUCCCGCAGGGGUCUGCCCUCAGUUGCACCCUCUUCCUCGCAUACAUCAAUGACCUGCCACAGGUGCUAACAACUAGCUCUGCCAUGUAUGUGGACGAUUUGGUAAUUUGGAGCACCGGCAAAGAUGUCCACCGUCUGCAGACGCUAUUACAGCAGGACCUCUCUGCUAUCAACAGGUACAUGCGACGGUGGCAUCAGGAAAUUAACACCGAGAAGACGGUCUAUUCACUGUUCACAAAUGGGCGGACCAUUCUCAAACAGGAUAUCGAGCUCAAGGUGGGCGAUGUGGCGCUCAAGUGGGACAAACAACCGGUCUACUUGGGAGUUAAGUUGGACCAAAAGGUACAAAUGCACAAUUUUGUACAGGACCUCUGCUCCCAGGCGACCGCCAAGCUCAACCUGGUGAAAAAAUUGGCUUGCACAAGUUGGGGCGCGAACGCAAGUACGCUUAGAGCUCUCUUUCUAAGCAGUGUAAGGUCGGUGAUGGACUACAGCAUGCCGGUCCAAUCCUUUGCAAGCAAGACCGCACUGGAAAAACUGGGCCGAAUCCAGAAUCAGGCACUGAGAUUCAUCUGUGGCGCAUACAGGACUACUCCCACAGCUGCUGUAGAAGUCUUGGCCAAUGUAGAACCGCUACAAAUUAGGAGGGAAAAAUCCAUCUUAAAUACCGUAGAGAGGUACCGACGGCUCGGUGAAAAUGAACCAGCCUUUCAAAUGCAGAAUAACUGGGUGGGUGGCAGGAGACUUAAGAGGUCCUCUUUCAUGCACCAGGUCGUGGAGCUGGAAAGGACAGUCACCCUGCCCCCAAAUAGAGAACGACUGACCCAAAUCCCAGUUAAUCCGCCUUAUGCGGAACCCUCACGCCCCUCCAUACAUUUGGCCUUGACAGAUGCAGCAGUGACGAAGCGAAGCCCUGAACAUGUACAGAGAGUGGCUGCCCUUGAGACCAUGGAUGUGUUCACACACAUACCUGUGAAAGUGUUCACGGACGGCUCUGCUGACUUUAGGAAAAAAACUGCUGGGUACGGUGCGCUUAUUCAGUACCCAGUAGGUGGACCACCCAAUGAAAAACUCUCCGGGCCUUGUGGGACUACAGCGUCAAACUUUGACGCGGAGCUCAUAGCUAUGCACAAGGCCUUGGAGAGAGUCCAUAUCACUCUGGAAGGGACGGAGCAUGCGGGGCUCGAUAUUGUUGUCUUCUCAGACUCAAGAUCUGCUCUUGAGAUCUUGGAGAAGAGACAGGGUACCACACGCCUGGUCGACGUCAUUCACAACGACAUAUGCAGACUUGGUGAAAUAGGGUGCAAGGUUGAAAUGCAAUGGAUACCAGGGCAUGUCAACAUCAGUGGCAAUGAGAUAGCUGACACUCUGGCGAAAACCGGGGCAGCCCAGCCUCAGCCAGAAGUACCAAUGACUUUCUUGGGAGUCAAAAACUGGCUGGCGGACCACUUCAGGCAGAAGUGGUACAGGCAAUGGGCUGACAACACGACCGCCAGAGGCGUCUAUUCGAACUUGCCUACUCCUAGCAAACAAGACCCAUGGUGGGGGUUAGGUCGUAGAGUGCAGAGUCUAGUAACGCAGAUGCGCACCGAGCACUGCCCCCUGCGCACAUAUUUCUGGAGGUUGGACAACAACAGAGAUCCUACCUGCCGGCACUGCAGCCUGGCCCCAGAGACCUUAGAACAUCUGUUGACGGAGUGUCCCGCACUAGAUCUCCCGGGGGAAGCCAGGGCGGUUGGAGGAUCCUUUGUGAGGGAAAUGUUGUAUGGCUCAGCUCAACAGAUGGAGUUGAUAGCCAAUUUACUAGCCGGGGUCAUAAGAGAGUAAUCUCAGACCUUCACCAGAAUAUGUGCGUUAGUUAGUGUUCAUUUGUUGACAAUUUUAUAACAAUAUGUAACAAUAUUAUCAUUAAAAUUCAUUUCGAUGUUUCUCAGGACAAACAGAACGAGCCAAACUUUCAAGUGGAGCUCCUAAACCCAACAGGCUGUGCUGAGAUCGGGAAAAUCUCUAAGACUGUGGUCACGUUAAUCAACGACGAAGGUAAGAUCAUUCAGCCUUUCAGUCGUCACAGAUGUUUACAGCAAACGAUGCGUCGUCCAGAUGUUAAUUAGCAAACCAUGCGUCGUCAAGAUGUUAACAUCAAACCCUGCCUAUUAUUGUUCGUCAUUUAAUUGCAUGCUAAGAUGACCUUGGCAAAAUUCGACUGAUUAGUGGCCGUGACAUGCGCUGUAUUGUGUUGAAAGUGAGGGAGAGCUGAACAAUUUGGCAGCCUUAUGCGUGGGAGAGCUGAACAAUUUGGCAGCCUUAUGCGUGGGAGAGCUGAACAAUUUGGCAGCCUUAUGCUUUUGUCCUUUCUUACUAUGCUCCAAUGUUAAGACUAGGUCAAGAUGGUUUACAGAUAGACUGUGAUGCCAAUGGAUGACCAGCAGUGUUUCUUGUGUCGCAAUGUGCUCUGUAGCCGUUUCAAGUUGCAGGUGUUUCUGGAAUUUUCAUUAUAAAUGUCAUGCCGCCAACUAGGUUCCUUCUCCGGGUUUGAUUUUCGUGUUUUCCCUCAUCUUAAAUGGGUUGUCAUCAGGAGGUUGGCAUUCAAGGUUGUCAUCAAAGAUUGACAUCCAAGGUUGUCAUCUAAGGUUGAAAUCCAACGUUGUCAUCCAAGGUUGGCAUCUAAGGUUUACAUCCACCAACAUCUUCAACUAAGCAAGUAUACAAUCAUCAACAUCUUCAACUAAGCAAGUAUACAAUCAUCAACAUCUUCAACUAAGCAAGUAUACAAUCAUCAACAUCUUCAACUAAGCAAGUAUACAAUCAUCAACAUCUUCAACUAAGCAAGUAUGCAAUCACCAACAUCUUCAACUAAGCAAGUAUACAAUCAUCAACAUCUUCAACUAAGCAAGUAUGCAAUCAUCAACAUCUUCAACUAAGCAAGUAUGCAAUCACCAACAUCUUCAACUAAGCAAGUAUACAAUCAUCAACAUCUUCAACUAAGCAAGUACGAUAUUACCGACAUCUUCAACUAAGCAAGUAUACAAUCAACGACAUAUUAAACUUACCAAAUAUACAAUCACAGACACAUUGAACAAACCAAUUAUACAAUCAAUGACUUAUUAAACAAACAAAGUAUACAAUCACCGACAUAUUUAACAAACCAAGUAUAUAAUUAUAGACAUUUUGAACAAACCAAGUAUACAAUCACCGACAUAUUGAACAAACCAAGUAUACUAUCACUUACAUAUUGAACAAACCAAGUAUACAAUCUCCGACAUAUUGAAUAAACCAUGUAUACAGUCACCGACAUAUGGAGCAUAUGAAGUAUACUAUCACUGACACGUUGAAUAAACCAAGUAGACAAUCACCGACAUAUUGAAUAAACCAAAUAUACAAUCACCGAGAUAUUGAAUAAACCAAGUAUACAAUCUCCGACAUAUUGGAUAAACCAAGUAUACAAUCACCGACAUAUUGAAAUUACCAAGUAUACUAUCACUGACAUGUUGAACAAACCAAGUAUAAAAUCACCGACAUAUUGAACAAACCAAAUAUACAAUCACCGACAUAUUCAACUAACCAAGUACACAAUCACGGCAAGACUCAUUGAAAGAAUAUCUUGCUCUGAGAUUUCAAAACAUAUACACAGACUGUUUGGAGGUGAUGGUCUCCGGAAAUGUGUUGACUCCAAAGUGAGUUUAUUGAAGUCUUGUUCCAGGCAAGUUGGGUGUCAGAAAAAUUUUAACUUUUUAUUGACAUCAAUUUUUGUUUUAUUUUUUUUACAAUUUUAUUUCGGUCAGGCUGCAGUUGAACAACUUUACUUCGAAACAAUUUUAUUCCUUAACCAUUUCAGGUAACUAGCCACGAUAACUAGCACGUGAUAUGUAGAAAGGGAUAGGUAGCACGCGUUAGGUAGCUCGCCUCGUAUGCAAUGCCCAAAAUAAAAUAAAACAAGUCGGCCUGGUGUAGGGGAGCAUGUCCCUAUCCAUGGCAACGCCUUUCCUUCAGUCUCUCUUUGGCAGAAAACAUUUGCAUAUCUCACAUGAUAAUAUUAUAAGCCGGAAAUCACUUGUGUCCCCGCUAGUUAAAGGUAGUUAUAAGCCGGACAUCCCUUGUGUCCCCACUAGUUCAAGUUAUUUAUAAGCCACCCAUCACUUGUAUCCCCACUAAAUAAAGGAAGUUAUAAGCCGGACAUCCCUUGUGUCCCCGCCAGUUAAAGGUAGUUAUAAGCGAAAAAUUCCAUGUGUCCCCACUAGUUAUAGGUAGUUAUAAGCCAGACAUCACUUGUGUCCAUGCUAAAUAAAGGUAGUUAUAAGCCGGACUUUUCGUGUGUCCCCACUAGUUAAAGGUAGUUAGUUAUAAGCCGGAUAUCUUUUGUGCCCCGCUGAUUAAAGGUAUUUAUAAGUCGGACAUCACGUGUGUCCCCGCUAGUUUAAUAUAUUUAUAAGUCGGACAUCACGUGUGUCCCCACUAGUUUAAUAUAUUUAUAAGUCGGACAUCACGUGUGUCCCCGCUAGUUUAAUAUAUUUAUAAGUCGGACAUCACGUGUGUCCCCGCUAGUUUAAUAUAUUUAUAAGCGGAACAUCCCUUGUGUUCCCGCUAGUUAAAGAUAUUUAUAUGCCGAACAUCCCUUCUGACCCGCUAGUGAAAGAUAUUUAUAUGCCGAACAUCCCUUCUGACCCGCUAGUGAAAGAUAUUUAUAUGCCGAACAUCCCUUCUGACCAGCUAGUGAAAGAUAUUUAUAUGCCGAACAUCCCUUGUGUCCCCGCUAGUGAAAGAUAUUUAUAAGCCGAACAUCCCUUGUGUCCCCGCCAGUUAAAGAUAUUUAUAAGCCGGACAUCCCUUGUGUCCCCGCUAGUAAAAGAUAUUUAUAAGCCGGACAUCCCUUGUGUCCCCGCUAGUAAAAGAUAUUUAUAAGCCGGACAUCCGUUGUGACCCCGCUAGUAAAAGAUAUUUAUAAGCCGGACAUCCGUUGUGUCCCCGCUAGUAAAAGAUAUUUACAAGCCGACAUCCCUUGUGUCUCCGCUAGUUAAAUAUAUUUUUAAGCCGGACAUCCCUUGUGUCCCCGCUAGUUAAAUAUAUUUAUAAGCCGGACAUCCCUUGUGUCUCCGCUAGUUAAAUAUAUUUAUAAGCCGGACAUCCCUUGUGUCCCCGCUAGUUAAAUAUAUUUAUAAGCCGGACAUCCCUUGUGUCCCCGCUAGUUAAAUAUAUUUAUAAGCCGGACAUCCCUUGUGUCACAGCUAGUUAAAGAUAUUUAUAAGCCGGACAUCCCUUGUGUCACAGCUAGUUAAAGAUAUUUAUAAGCCGGACAUCCCUUGUGUCACCGCUAGUUAAAGAUAUUUAUAAGCCGGACAUCCCUUGUGUCACCGCUAGUUAAAGAUAUUUAUAAGCCGGACAUCCCUUGUGUCACCGCUAGUUAAAGAUAUUUAUAAGUCGGACAUCCCUUGUGUCACCGCUUGUUUACGACAUGCGUGCGACAAUGCGUUACUCCUAAUCGAUUGCUUUAGUUAGGCAUUUAUUAUCCAAUAAACAAAAACAUCAUAAAAGGCCGAUUGAGACAACCAGGAGAGCUCCAUAAAAUACACAAAUGCGAUUUUCGCUAGCCGUUUCCCAGGUCUGACUCCUCUCAUGCUCCAGUUCUGACUCGUGCCAUGCCCCAGGCCUGACUCCUGACAUGCCUCAUAUCUGACACCUGACAUGCCCCAGACAUGACUCCUUUCGAAGGGAAACUUCCAUUUCAUGGGCUUGUUACACAAGUGUAAAUUCCAUUACCUGGGCUUGUUACACAAGGGUAACUUCCAUUACCUGGGCUUGUUACACAAGGAUAACUUCCAUUACCUGGGCUUGCUACACAUGGGUAACUUCAUUACCUUGGCUUGUUAUUUUAAGAAAUAACCCAGGUCUGACGCCCGGGCUUUCCGAAGGAAGAGUUUACGAAAAGUCAAUACUGAAACUUUUUGUCAUGAAAUGUUUAGGGAGGGAUGUUUAGUAUAGUUGACAGUUUAGUAAAGAAACUAUUGAGCGGUGUACAUUCAACUUGGGUAUAUUCCAAUGAGAUAAAGCACUUAUCGGGUUUAAAAUAUGCAAAAGACGUUAAAAGGUAUGUUUAGUAGUGGCGGACCUUGACUAUGAACAAGUAAAUACAAGAAAAUUUAAAAAAAAAAAAGUAAACUAAAAGCCUUAUAUGGUUUAUUAAAUAUUAAACAUAUUGGCCUCCAUUAUCACAUGCUUUCUCUUAUUGUUGUCUUUCGAAGUCAAUAAACAAUUACUGUCAUAAGAGGUGGUCUCAUCGUAAUGCCGACUACAUCCUAACAAAUUAACUGCCGUUAAACAUUAACAUCAUCUUUCUAUCUCUCUCUCUCUCGCACACACUCCCCCCUCAAGCCUCCCUAAUUACCUCCCUCCUUACCUCCCUUCUAACUACCAUUCCACUCCCUCCCACCCACUCCUCUCUCUCUCUCUCUCUUUUGGUCUUUUUUUUCAAAUAUUAUGUUAAAAUCAAGUCCGGAAAGAAGAACAUCAAUCUUAUAAUAGAAAUCCCGGGUUGAUGUUGUUGGCCACGAUUGUGCAUUCUCAUUCGCUGCUUCCACAUCCUACGCAUCAAAUGAACACAAAAGAAAAAAUACAACGAAACAUUGGUAGCUAGGAAGUUGUUAUUAUAGAUUAUGCAUCUCUUUCCAUAUUUUACGCGCUCAAAGUUGCUGCGCUGCCUCCAGCUAGUUCAAAAUAACAUUUAACCCUUUGACAGCAUAAAUGUUUUUUAAAUUGAUUUUUUAAAUCAAAAAUCUAUUAGUAAAAAAAAAGGAGAAUCUUAAAACCACAUAACAAAUGUAACAUGAUGGGUGUGUGAUAUGUUUGUGAUGGGUGUGUGAUGUGUUUGUGAUGGGUGUGUGAUAUGUUUGUGAUGGGUGUGCCAUGUGUUUGUGAUGGUCGUGUGAUGUGUUUGUGAUGGGUGUGCCAUGUGUUUGUGAUGGGUGUGCCAUGUGUUUGUGAUGGGUGUGUGAUGUGUUUGUGAUGGGUGUUUGAUGUGUUUGUGAUGGGUGUGCCAUGUGUUUGUGAUGGGUUUGUGAUGUGUUUGUGAUGGGUGUGUGAUGUGUUUGUGAUGGGUGUACCAUGUGUUUGUGAUGGGUGUGUGAUGUGUUUUUUGAUGGCUGUGUGAUGUGUUUGUGAUGGGUGUGCCAUGUGUUUGUGAUGGGUGUGUGAUGUGUUUGUGAUGGGUGUGUCAUGUGUUUGUGAUGUGUGUGCCAUGUGUUUGUGAUGUGUGUGUCAUGUGUUUGUGAUGGGUGUGUGAUGUGUUUGUGAUGUGUGUGCCAUGUGUUUGUGAUGGGUGUGUGAUGUGUUUGUGAUGGGUGUGUCAUGUGUUUGUGAUGGGUUUGUGAUGUGUUUGUGAUGGGUGUGUGAUGUGUUUGUGAUGGGUGUGUGAUGUGUUUGUGAUGGGUGUACCAUGUGUUUGUGAUGGGUGUGUCAUGUUUUUGUGAUGGGUGUGCCAUGUGUUUGUGAUGGGUGUACCAUGUGUUUUUUGAUGGCUGUGUGAUGUGUUUGUGAUGGGUGUGCCAUGUGUUUGUGAUGGGUGUGUCAUGUGUUUGUGAUGGCUGUGCCAUGUGUUUGUGAUGAGUGUGUCAUGUGUUUUUUGAUGGGUGUGUGAUGUGUUUGUGAUGGGUGUGCCAUGUGUUUUUUAAUGGGUGUGUCAUAUGUUUGUGAUGGGUGUGUGAUGUGUUUGUGGUGGGUGUGUGAUGUGUUUGUGAUGGGUGUGUCAUGUGUUUUUUGAUGGGUGUGUGAUGUGUUUGUGGUGGGUAUGUGAUGUGUUUGUGAUGGGUGUGUCAUGUGUUCGUGGUGGUUUUGUGAUGUGUUUGUGGUGGGUGUGUCAUGAGGUUGUGGAGGGAUUAGUGAUGUGUUUGUGGAGGGUGUGUCAUUUGUUUGUUGUGUGUGUGUGAUAUGUGGGAAGAGGAUUGUCAUUUUAUAAGUGGACUGUGUUUUUAUAUUUAUUUUCAAACUUCCGAACCCUAUUUGCUUGUAAUAACUAAACAAAAUGACUUUGCACAGAAUUCGAUAAUAUGCUGAAACGAAUAGCCAGUAAGACCAAGAAAAACCUGGACGGCCUGAAGCUGGACGCCGGCUCUUGGAGGGAUCAGUUCGUCUCAGCACUGAACGUCAACGGUGGGCACUUGGAGGACGCUACCUCCGUGGAUUACAUCCUACAUUUCAUCACGUUUUUCUGGAAGGUUAGAGCUCAGAGCUAAAUCCGUAACUUAUUGAAACCGUAUCGAGACGGGGAAAAUACCAGGGUCUCUGGUUACCAUUGUAGAAUUCAUAACAUUAUUAUUGAAGCUCUUUUAGUAAACAGUUAACAAAUAAACACAUCCUCGAACUAUACAUGUUUAACUAAAACUAUUAAAUAAAAUGUAUAACUUUAGAGUAUGUGAAACAGAUUAAACUUGUGCCACAAUCGAAACUACCAUUUUGAAAAUAAGGCUUUAUAUAAACAACUCUUAUUAAAACAUAAAUUUUGAAAACAAAUUAUUUGUGUUCCGCCACGACCCACCACGACCCACCCAGACCCACUACGACCCACUCCGACCCACCACAACCUACCACGCUUCAUUGCUUUGGGGUUCUUCUUGAUUAAUAUUAAUUUUUUAAAAAUAAAUUUAACCAGCGAUAUUUUUAAAAUUCCGUAUGUCCUACAGUCUUUGUGUAAAACGUGUACCACGUUCCAUGGUAUAGUGUCCCUUACUAAAGGUUCUUAAGAUGAGACAGAUUAGUGAUACAUAAUCCUUAAACGACACUGUCUGACAAUAUGUCUCGAGUCUUAAGCUUCUGAUAAUAUGAAUAUAUUUAUUUCUUUAUAUGAUGCUUCUUAUCAUGGAUGUUGGGCUAAGGGAAUAUCUUUAACAUCUUCAUAAAACACACUAGAAUAACAACGAUGCCACACUUGGGAAUAGAACAGAUUCAUCAUACAACAUGACAUUAGACAUUUCAUUAACACAUGAUUUUAAAAGAAGAAGCCAGAUGUUUUGUUCUUGUUUUUUUAUCAUGCUCGUCCUAUUAAUAAAACGGUUACUGAAAAAAUAAAAUAAAAUCCUAAACAUUUUCAGGUAUUAUUUGCUUGCUUACCCCCGCCCUCAAUGGGAGGUGGUUGGCCGACGUUCCUGUCUUCACUCCUGAUGAUUGGCCUCCUGACGGCCAUAGUCAGUGACCUUGCAUCCAUAUUUGGUUGUCUGGUCGGUCUAUCAGAUUAUAUAACAGGUGAGCCCAUUCCUGGUGUAUGGACCUAUGAUAUCGUAUCAAAAGCCUGGUUGCUGGUGAUAUUUAACAAAGAAAUGAACUGCGAAUUCGAUAAUUGAAAAUUCAUACUUCGUCGUGCACACUUGUGCUAACAUAUUAUGCACAAAUGAACACAUAUUCAUGCCCAAAUGAUCACUUACUCAUGCAUAAAUAUCACAUAUAAAUAUCACAUAUUUAAGCAUAAAUGAUCACACAACCAUGCCCAAAUGAUCACAUUCUGAUGCAGAAAUUAUCAAAUACUAAUACACUAAUUGUCACACACGUAUGCACAAAUAUCACAUACUCAUGCACAAGUGAUAACACACGCAUGCAGAAAUUAUCACAUACCCAUGCACAAGUGAUCACAUACUCAAUCAGCAAUGAGCUCACAAAUUAAUAUUCCAUAAAAGGAAUAAUGACCACGUUAGGAAAUGUAUGAUAAGUCCCACAUUCUUUUCUUUUAAUGCAUUGAUCUGAUCAAGUUAUCCUUUCUUUUGCAAAUAGCGUUCCUUAUAGCCCAGAUGAUAUCGCAGAGCCAUUCAAAAUAUUAAUAAAACCCUAUGUAGGUAGAAUUUUUUUCCAGUCACUACCUGCAUCUAUAAAAUAAAUUUAUACUGUAUGCUUUUUAAACUUUUAAGUCUCACCUGUUUAGUUUAAAUACACUUCUAAUCCAUUGAUUUACCUGUUUUGUUUCGUGAAACUUCUAAUCCAUUCAUUUACCUGCAUAGUUUCAUAAAACUUCUAAUUCAUGGACUAGGCUGGGGUACCGCGUUAUAUAAGACCUUUUAUUAUAAUAAUUAUUAUUAUUAUUACUACCUGUUUAGUUUCAUAAACUUCUAAUCCAUUGAGUUACCUGUUUAGUUUCAUUAAACUUCUAAUCCAUUGAUUUACCUGAUUAGUUUCAUAAAACUUCUAAUUCAUUGAGUUACCUGUUUAGUUACACAAAUCAGCCUCUAACUCAGCUCCCCCCCCCCACCGCAUUUCAAGUAAAUAACUCCGACAUACAGUGUAAAUCCUCCGCUAGGAGUCUUGGUGACAUCAUCUAAUAACAUGACUGUCGAUAAACAUAUCUCUCACAUUGAUUUACCUGAUUAGUUUCAUAAAACUUCUAAUUCAUUGAGUUCCCUGUUUAGUUACACAAAUCAGCCUCUAACCCAGCUCCCCCCCCCCCCACCGCAUUUCAAGUAAAUAACUCCGACAUACAGUGUAAAUCCUCCGCUAGGAGUCUUGGUGACAUCAUCUAAUAACAUGACUGUCGAUAAACAUAUCUCUCGCAUUUGUCGCUCUGCAUACACCGUUAUCCGUCAGAUCAGCUCCAUCCGCCACUACCUCACAGUUAGCGCAACAAAAACCAUAAUCUGUGCUCUUGUUCUCUCUCGUCUUUACUAUUGCAACUCUCUUCUGUCAGUUUCACCAAAACACUGCAUAGAACAACUGCAGAAAGUUCAAAACUCAGCUGCUAGGCUUGUUCUAAAGGCAAAAAACACGUGAUCACGUCACUCCACUACUCUAUUCCCUUCAUUGGCUACCUAUACAGGCACGCAUUGACUACAAGUUGUCUGUUCUCUGUCACAACUUUUUCUUGAAUUCCUGCCCUUCCUAUCUAACCUAACUUCUUUCUGUCUAUUCACCCCUUCGACAGCUUCGCUCCUCCACAGAUAUGCGUAUUCUGUCCGUUUUCAAGACACACACUAAGACAUAUGGUGAACGAUCUUUCUCUUUCUGCGCCCCCAAACAAUGGAAUUCUUUGCCACUACACAUCCGCAAUAUACCAACCACCCAGGCCUUCAAAACUAAACUCAAAACACAUCUAUUUAAAUUAUACUACCCUGAGUGAUUCUCCUCCUCUGACCAAUAAACGAUCUUGCGGGCUGCUUUCCAUGGUUUGCCAUGUAAAAGUUCUGCGGUGGGGUGGGUGAAUAGACAUUUGUAUUGUUGUUUUGGUUACACGCUGUUCUUUAUUUCCUAAAUGUAUUUUAUUUGAAUGUCAUGAUUAUGUCUCUUUUGAUAAUAGUUUUAUGUUCAGUGCGGUGAGCCCAGCCCUAGGCUAGGGUACAGCGCUAUAUAAGACCACUAAUUAUUAUUAUAAUUAUUAUUAUUAAUGUAUGCCAACUUUUAAGUUCAUGAUUAUGUUUGUUAAUUGUAUGUUCAGCGUAGUGAGUGUGGGGUACAACGCUAUGUAAAACAACUAAUAAUAAUAAUGAAUACUAAUGAUACACGGAAAUAAAUACUCUGUGGCCAGAAAUCUAAAUUAAAAAUAGCCUAUCGCCCCACCCCAAAUUACAGAUUACAUAACGAUAUGAUGUGUGCUUGCGUUGCUAACUAUAACAUAAUCCUCUUCAAUCCGACAUCACUCGUGGAUAAAUAUUCUCCCUUCUUCAUAAUAUUCUAUUGUCACGAUUUCAUUUUUGUCAACAAUAUUUCAUUUUAACUUGUCAGUGCAUUUUAAUAGAUCAGUGUUUCUUAAAAAAUAAGUUUUUAUAAAUUCUUUUGUUCCAAAUCUCAUAUCUCAUAAUGAGUUUAAUUUUAUAUUUUUGUAACGCAACUGGUUAUACCAUAUAUUUCAUCGCGGACGACAUAGUAUUAUUAUAUGAAAAUGUGUAUUUGGAACAUCUCUAUGUUUAAGAUGUCUUCAUAUCUUUUGUUUCCGAAACCCUGAAAAAUUGUUGUUCAACGUAUACAAUGAACUAUUCUUAAAGACAUAAUAUAAUCAGAAUGAUUUUUUAUUCAAAGUUUAUUCACUAUUUUAAAAAUAUUUUGAAUUCAAUAACAGAUCUAUCAUAAUAAUCCAUUUAUCUACAGCUGUUUAAUAAUGUAAAAAGGGAUCUCUUUGCAGAUUUAUUUACUUGUCGUGGCUUUUGGGAAAUUGCCAUUAAAGGGCAUUCUUCAGCACGCAUGCGCUGUCAUUGAUUUCUACUUAAGUUUACAUGCUUAUGUAGCACGAAGCCAGUUUGACAAUUGUGAACUUAUAUUGUAGUAGUCAACUGUUAACGUAAUAUUCCAGCUAUUACAUUUGUUGCCAUGGGUACCAGCAUGCCAGAUACGUUUGCUUCCAAAAGUGCCGCCAUUAAUGAGAAGUGGGCAGACUCGUCAAUUGGUAACAUCAACGGCAGCAACAGCGUCAAUGUGUUCCUGGGUCUGGGGCUACCUUGGCUGUUAGCAUGUGUCUAUUGGAAGGCUCAGGUAAGAAUUGGUGUCUUGUCUAUUGGAAGGCUCAGGUGAGAAUUGCUGUCUUGUCUAUUGGAAGGCUCAGCUACGAAUUAGUGUCUUGUCUAUUGGAAGGCUCAGGUGAGAAUUGCUGUCUUGUCUAAUGGAAGGCUCAGGUGAGAAUUGGUGUCUUGUCUAUAAGAAGGCUCAGGUGAGAAUUGGUGUCUUGUCUAUUUGAAGAUUAAGUUAAGAAUUGGUUUCUUGUCUAUUGCAAGACUAAGGAAGAAUUGUUGUCUUGUCUAUUGGAAGGAUCAUGUAAGAAUUGCAGUCUUGUCUAUUGGAAAGCUAAGGUAAGAAUUGGUGUCUUGUCUAUUGGAAGGCUAAGGUAAGAAUUGGUGUCUUGUCUAUUGGAAGACUAAGGUAAGAAUUGGUGUCUUUUCUAUUGGAAGAUUAAGGUAAGAAUUGGUGUCUUGUCUAUUGGAAGGCUAAGGUAAGAAUUGGUGUCUUGUCUAUUGGAAGACUAAGGUAAGAAUUGGUGUCUUUUCUAUUGGAAGAUUAAGGUAAGAAUUGGUGACUUGUCUAUUGGAAGACUAAGGUAAGAAUUGGUGUCUUGUCUAUUGGAAGACUAAGGUAAGAAUUGGUGUCUUGUCUAUUGGAAGAGUAAGGUAAGAAUUUGUGUCUUGUCUAUUGGAAGGUUAAGGUAAGAAUGGUGUCUUGUCUAUUGGAAAACUAAGGUUAGAAUUGGUGUCUUGUCUAUUGGAAAACUAAAACUAAAGUAAGAAUUGGUGUCUUGUCUAUUGGAAGAAAAGGUGAGAAUUGGUGUCUUGUCUAUUGAAAGACUAGAGUAAUAAUUGUUCUCUGUCUAUUGGAAGGCUAAGGUGGGAAUUGGUGUCUUGUCUAUUGGAAUGCUCAUGAAAGAAUUGGUGUCUUGUCUAUUGGAGAGUUCAGGUGAGUAUUAGUGUCUUGUCUAUUGGAAGGCUCAGGUGAGAAUUGGUGUCUUGUCUAUUGGAAGGCUAAGGUGAGAAUUGAUGACUUGUCUAUUGGAAGGCUCAGGUGAGAAUUGGUUUCUUGUCUAUUGGAAGGCUCAGGUGAGAAUUGGUGUCCUGUCUAUUGGAAUGCUCAGGUGAGAAUAUGUGUCUUGUCUAUUGGAAGUCUCAGGUAAGAAUUGUGUCUUGUCUAUUGGAAGAUUCAGGUAAGAAUUGGUGACUUGUCUAUUCAAAGAUUAAGGUAACAAUAGGUGAUUAAACUAUUUGAAGAAUAAGGUAAGAAUUGUGUCUUGUCUACUGGAAGACUCAGGUAAGAAUUUGUGUAUUGUCUAUUGUAAGACUACGGUAAGAAUUGGUGUCUUGUCUAUUGGAAGACUAAGGUAAGAAUUGGUGUCUUGUCUAUUGGAAGACUAAGGUAAGAAUUGGUGUCUUGUCUAUUGGAAGACUAAGGUAAGAAUUGGUGUCUUGUCUAUUGGAAGGCUCAGUUAAGAAUUGAUGUCUUGUCUAUUGGAAGGCUAAGGUAAGAAUUGGUGUCUUGUCUAUUUGAAGGCUAAUGUAAGAAUCGGUGUCUUGUCUAUUGGAAAGCUAAGGUAAGAAUCGGUGUCUUGUCUAUUGGAAGACUAAAGUAAGAAUUAAUGUCUUGUCUAUUGGAAGGCUCAGGUAAGAAUUGGUGUCUUGUCUAUUGGAAGGCUAAGGUAAGAAUUGGUGUCUUGUCUAUUUGAAGGCUAAGGUAAGAAUUGGUGUCUUGUCUAUUGGAAGACUAAGGUAAGAAUUGGUGUCUUGUCUAUGGGAAGGCUCAGGUAAGAAUUGCUGUCUUUUCUAUUGGAAGACUAAGGUAAGAAUUGAUGUCUUGUCUAUUGGAAGGCUAAGGUAAGAAUUGGUGUCUUGUCUUUUUGAAGGCUAAGGUAAGAAUUGGUGUCUUGUCUAAUGGAAGACUAAGUUAAGAAUUUAUGUCUUGUCUAUUGGAAGGCUAAGGUAAGAAUUGGUGUCUUGUUUAUAGGAAGGCUAAGGUAAGAAUAGUGUCUUGUCUAUUGGAAGGCCAGGUAAGAAUUGGUAUCUUGUCUAUUGAAAGGCUCAGGUGAGAAUUUGUGUCUUGUCUAUUGGAAGGCUCAGGUGAGAAUUGGUGUCUUGUCUAUUGGAAGACUAGGGUAAUAAUUGGUGUCUAUCUAUUGGAAGGCUAAGGUGAGAAUCGGUGUCUUGUCUAUUGGAAGACUAAGGUAAGAAUUUGUGUCUUUUCUAAUGGAAGUCUAAAGUAAGAAUCGGUGUCUUGUCUAUUGGAAGGCUCAGGUAAGAAUUGGUGUCUUGUCUAUUGGAAGGAUAAGGUAAGAAUUGGUAUCUUGUCUAUUUUAAGGCUCAGGUAAGAAAUGGUGUCUUGUCUAUUGGAAGGCAAAGCUAAGAAUUGGUGACUUGUCUAUUGAAAAGCUAAGGUAAGAAUUGGUGUCUUGUCUAUUAAAAUAAUAAGUUAGAUUUGGUUUCUUGUCUAUUGCAAGGCUCAGGUAAGAAUUGCUGUCUUUUCUAUUGGAAGACUAAGGUAAGAAUUGAUGUCUUGUCUAUUGGAAGGCUAAGUUAAGAAUUGGUGUCUUGUCUAUUGGAAGGCUAAGGUAAGAAUUGGUGUCUUGUCUUUUUGAAGGCUAAGGUAAGAAUUGGUGUCUUGUCUAAUGGAAGGCUAAGGUAAGAAUUGAUGUCUUGUCUUUUUGAAGGCUAAAGUAAGAAUUGGUGUCUUGUCUACUGGAAGGCUAAGGUAAGAAUUGGUGUCUUGUCUUUUUGAAGGCUAAGGUAAGAAUUGGUGUCUUGUCUAUUGGAAGACUAAGGUAAGAAUUGAUGUCUUGUCUACUGGAAGAUUAAGUUAAGAAUUGGUUUCUUGUCUAUUGCAAGACUAAGGAAGAAUUGUUGUCUUGUCUAUUGGAAGGAUCAUGUAAGAAUUGCUGUCUUGUCUUUUGGAAAACUAAGGUAAGAAUUGGUGUCUUGUCUAUUGGAAGGCUAAGGUAAGAAUUGGUGUCUUGUCUAUUGGAAGACUAAGGUAAGAAUUGGUGUCUUUUCUAUUGGAAGAUUAAGGUAAGAAUUGGUGACUUGUCUAUUGGAAGACUAAGGUAAGAAUUGGUGUCUUGUCUAUUGGAAGACUAAGGUAAGAAUUGGUGUCUUGUCUAUUGGAAGGCUCAGUUAAGAAUUGAUGUCUUGUCUAUUGGAAGGCUAAGGUAAGAAUCGGUGUCUUGUCUAUUGGAAAGCUAAGGUAAGAAUCGGUGUCUUGUCUAUUGGAAGACUAAAGUAAGAAUUAAUGUCUUGUCUAUUGGAAGGCUCAGGUAAGAAUUGGUGUCUUGUCUAUUGGAAGGAUAAGGUAAGAAUUGGUAUCUUGUCUAUUUUAAGGCUCAGGUAAGAAAUGGUGUCUUGUCUAUUGGAAGGCAAAGCUAAGAAUUGGUGACUUGUCUAUUGAAAAGCUAAGGUAAGAAUUGGUGUCUUGUCUAUUAAAAUAAUAAGUUAGAUUUGGUUUCUUGUCUAUUGCAAGGCUCAGGUAAGAAUUGGUGUCUUGUCUAUUGGAAGACUAAGUUAAGAAUUUAUGUCUUGUCUAUUGGAAGGCUAAGGUAAGAAUUGGUGUCUUGUUUAUAGGAAGGCUAAGGUAAGAAUAGUGUCUUGUCUAUUGGAAGGCCAGGUAAGAAUUGGUAUCUUGUCUAUUGAAAGGCUCAGGUGAGAAUUUGUGUCUUGUCUAUUGGAAGGCUCAGGUGAGAAUUGGUGUCUUGUCUAUUGGAAGACUAGGGUAAUAAUUGGUGUCUAUCUAUUGGAAGGCUAAGGUGAGAAUCGGUGUCUUGUCUAUUGGAAGACUAAGGUAAGAAUUGGUGUCUUGUCUAUGGGAAGGCUCAGGUAAGAAUUGCUGUCUUUUCUAUUGGAAGACUAAGGUAAGAAUUGAUGUCUUGUCUAUUGGAAGGCUAAGUUAAGAAUUGGUGUCUUGUCUAUUGGAAGGCUAAGGUAAGAAUUGGUGUCUUGUCUUUUUGAAGGCUAAGGUAAGAAUUGGUGUCUUGUCUAAUGGAAGGCUAAGGUAAGAAUUGAUGUCUUGUCUUUUUGAAGGCUAAAGUAAGAAUUGGUGUCUUGUCUACUGGAAGGCUAAGGUAAGAAUUGGUGUCUUGUCUUUUUGAAGGCUAAGGUAAGAAUUGGUGUCUUGUCUAUUGGAAGACUAAGGUAAGAAUUGAUGUCUUGUCUACUGGAAGGCUAAGGUAAGAAUUGGUGUCUUGUCUACUGGAAGGUUAAGGUAAGAAAUAAUAGUCUUGUCUUUUCGAAGGCUAAGGUAAGAAUUGGUGUCUUGUCUAUUGGAAGGCUAAGUUAAGAAUUGGUGUCUUGUCUAUUGGAAGGCUAAGGUAAGAAUUGGUGUCUUGUCUAUUGGAAGGCUAAGGUAAGAAUCGGUGUCUUGUCUAUUGGAAGGCUAAGGAAAGAAUUGGUGUCUUGUCUAUUGGAAGGCUAAGGUAAGAAUUGGUGUCUUGUCUAUUGGAAUGCUAAGUUAAGAAUUGGUGUGUUAUCUUUUUGAAGGCUAAGGUAAGAAUUGGUGUCUUGUCUAUUGGAAGAAUAAGUUUAGAAUUGGUGUCUGUGUGUGUGUCUAUUGGAAGAUUAAGGUAAGUAUUGAUAUCUUGUCCAUUGAAAUAAUAAGGUAAGAAUUGAUAUCUUUUAGUGUGUCUAUAGUAAUAAUAAAGUAAGAAUGAUGUCUUUGUCUAGUGGAAGGUUAAGUUAAGAAUUGGUGUCGUUGUGCAGGUCUUAUGGAUAAUUGGGGUAGAAUUAAUGUCUUUGUUUACUGGGUAUUUUAGGUAGAAAUUAAUGUCUUUGUCUAUUGAAGGACUAAGGUAGAAAUUAAUGUUUUUGUCCAUUGGACGACUAGGGUAGACACUUUUGUCUUUGAAGGAGAAAGGUAAACAUUGUUGUCUUUGUUUGUGUCUAUUGGCGGACUAAGUUGGAAUUAGAUGUCUUUGUUUAUUGAAGGACUAAGUUAGGAAUUAAUUUCUGAGUUUGUCUAUUGAAGGAAUAAGCUGGUAUUUCGUUUCUUCCUGGUGUACUUACUAUAAGGUUUUCAUGGUUUCGUUUGUUUCUUAACAGUAUUCUAUUCUACUAUGGGGUAACAUUGUCCAAACAUUUCUUGUAUAAGGACUAAGGGAGGUAAUUCACGUUUAUUGCGCACAAGAGAUUUUCUUAUGUAAUGAAGCAUCUAUUUUUCUCUAAAUACUUUGAUGGCGUGCGUCUAUUGAUAGAUACAAUGUAUAUUGGCCGUGCGUCUAUUGAUAGAUACAAUGUAUAUUGGCCGUGCGUCUAUUGAUAGAUACAAUGUAUAUUGGCCGUGCGUCUAUUGAUAGAUACAAUGUAUAUUGGCCGUGCGUCUAUUGAUAUAUGCAAUGUAUAUUGGCCGUGCGUCUAUUGAUAGAUGCAAUGUAUAUUGGCUGUGCGUCUAUUGAUAGAAACAAUGUAUAUUGACCGUGCGUUUAUUGAUAGAUACAAUGUAUAUUGGCCGUGCGUCUAUUGAUAGAUACAAUGUAUAUUGGCAGUGCGUCUAUUGAUAGAUACAAUGUAUAUUGGCUUUGCUGGAUGUCUUUUUUAGAACGUUAUUUCUGAAUUUAAAUUCUGACCUUGCUGCAGUGGGUGAUCUAAAGUUAUUUAAUUUGUAGUUUGGAGAAAAUGGUUCAAUAUAUUCGUGUUUUUUUAGAACUUUGAGCAUUAACAUUGAUAGGUUUGCCUCUAUAUGUCUCUAUAGACACGUUAAAUGACACAUCUUGUAUUUGACCAGGGUAAAGAAUUCCACCAUCCAUUUAAGGUCACAACUUGUAUUUGACCAGGUUAAAGAAUUCCACCAUCCAUUUAAGGUCACAUCUUGUAUUUGACCAGGUUAAAGAAUUCCACCAUCCAUUUAAGGUCACAUCUUGUAUUUGACCAGGUUAAAGAAUUCCACCAUCCUUUUAAGGUCACAUCUUGUAUUUGACCAGGGUAAAGAAUUAAACUAUGCGUUAAAUGACACGUAAUGUAUUUGACCAGGGUAAGGAAUUCCACCGUCCCUUUAAUAACAAAUCUUGUAUUUGACCAGGGUAAAGAAUUCCACCAUCCGACGGGAACUUUGGGCCUGAGUGUCACCAUCUUCACUGUCGGCGCCAUCUUGCUUAUAAUAAUGCUUGUUGCUCGGCGACAGUUUCCUAUUUUUGGCAAGGCUGAACUGGGGGGACCCAAGACCUUCAAGUACCUGACGGGGAUGAUAGCGCUGGUCAUGUGGGUGCUCUACGUCAUAGUAUCGUCAUUACAGGCACAAGGAUAUAUAGACGCCUUCUGAAGAUG